AUGACUUCGAUCACGAGUGAAUGGAAAAAAAAAUCAUCCGAUGAAGUACACUUUUUACCUAAUCGACAAUAUUUUCAACAAGAUUCAAUAGAUAAAACAAAUUAUCAAAUAAAAAGACCUAAUAAGAAAAAAGUUCGUUUCAAUUGUCAAACAUCAAUUACAAGAGAACAACCAUUAGAAUAUACAAAAAAUAAUCAUUCGGAAAUAGAUCGAUUAGAAAGAUUAAUUUUAAACGAUCAUGAUUACACAACAUCAUCAUCAACAAAUAUUUUAACUACUAAAUUAUCAGCUAUCUGUGAGAGACCAAUAUGUAGUGUACGAACAGUAGUUAUUACAUUUUUUAUUAUUGUUUUAAUUCUUCUUAUUGCUACGGCAAUUGCUAUCGGUAUUAGCAAGUCAUCACCAAAUACAACAGUGACAUUAAUAAAAAAUACUAAUGAAAAUUCAUUUUCAAAAACAUUUACAACAGUGAUGGCCAGUAGUGUAAGUAUAGGAAAUCAAAGUGGACCACCUUGUUCGUCGUAUACAACCAUCAAUGAUCCGACACGAAAUGUUGCUCGAAUUAGGCCGUUUGGUUCUUGUGAUGAUGGACCGUUAUUUAACACAAGUAGUGGUGGCGCUUGGAUACGAUUUGUCGGUAGUGGUGGUACUUUAAUACCACUUUCAUCACCUGGUGGAAAUCAUUGUGGUGCUUAUGCUACAGGCUGGUUCAAUGGUACAUUACCAACAACAUUUGAUACUAUAGUUAAUGGAUUCGUUUGCUUUGCUAAUGAUUUCAAUGAAUGUUUUAUUUCCUUUAAGUCAAGUGUAAUCUAUUGUAUUGGUAGUUUCUAUGUUUACUUCUUAGUACCUGUUUCGUUUUGUAAUGCACGAUAUUGUACGACAUGA